AUGGACGGUCAAGGCUUCCUGGUGUUGGAUACGGUGGCGGCGGCUAAUGUACCCCUGCACCCACAGACAAGCCAAACAGGGAGUGGAACGGACGAGCACAUUGCUGCCCAGUUCACUGAGGCUAGCACUGGCGCGCUUCCGCGGCGGUUCGGCAACCAAGUCGGGCACAUCCAAGAGACUUCCAUCUGCGCCCAAUCGUACGACAAGGUCAAGGCUUGGACAGUCUCGGAUAAGAGCCUCGGAGCCGCCACGACACAGGUCCUCAGGUGCAAACGCGAGCGCUGGGAGGCCAACGAGCGCAAGCGGAAGCGGGACAUGUCAGCGCUUGAAGGCGAGACUAUUGCUUUCUUCGAGCAUGAUCGAGAGUAG